UGAACCACAUGCUUUUGAACAGAAAGUGCUGAUAAUAGUCGAGGUUGUUACUCUAUGGAUUUCUCACCACACGAAACAGCUAAGACGAGGUUAAGUUUAUUUUCAGUUCGCUGAUCGACAGAACGCAACAGAGCUGUCGUAGUACUGUCAGCAGCAGAUAGAUUAUUUAAGCAAUCUGAUUCUGAAGCGAACCAAGAACCUGCGAUGCCGAUGAUGGACUGUGAAGUAAUUACAUACUUCAAAUCGAAAUGCUGGGGCCAGGAACACUCACUGUUCUUUUUCUUGUAACACUAAAGGCUACAGAAGUGGUUUAUGGAACUGCUGUACCUGAACAACCAUAUGAUGUCCACUUUCAAUCAUUUAACCUGAGGAACGUCUUGCGAUGGAGUCCAGGGAGAGGAAACAAUAAUGGAACUCGCUAUACAGUUCAGUAUAAAAUUUAUGGUGGGGAGAUAGACGUCUGGCACGAUCAAAAGCAGUGUACCAAUAUCACUGGAACGUGCUGUGACCUUUCCAGAGACACCAGUGACUUAGCAGAAGGAUACUUUGCAAGAGUUAAGGCUGUCUCAAAUGGCAUCUCUUCGGACUGGACAGAAUCUAAAAGGUUCCAUCCAAAAUUGGACACCAUAAUUGGGCCUCCAUCCUUGGAAGUCAGAGCUGGUGAAAGAUCAAUUUUUAUCUGGUUAAGGGGUCCAUUCAAAUGGCAAACUGAUAACAAAACCAAAGUGAAGUCAAUGGCUAAAUAUUACAGAAGCCUGCAAUACAACGUGUCUCUGUACAAUAAUAAAACUAAACAGUUGUUGCACUUCCUACUGAAAAAUUACUCUGGAACGCUUGACAGGUUAGACCACGACACACAGUACUGUGUGUCUGCCAGGACGAAGGUCCAAGGGCAAAUCAGUGACCCUUCCGAAGAGCUGUGUGUAACCACACCAAAGGAUACCUUUUCAGAAUGGUUGGUCGUCAUCAUGUUUGGAUGUGUUUUGCCUUCCAUGAUUGCUUUAUUACUUAUCUUUGUAGUUUUCUAUCUUAUUUACCGGUAUGUGUUUGGCAACCACCAAAAAACGCCCAAAAACCUGUUGCUGCAGUACCAUUGUGAGCGGGAGGCAAAGGUAGUCUUUGUUCCUUAUGACUUAAAAGUGAACCUUAUCACCUCUAAUGUCUUCAAUACAAGGAGCAAGACUCAGCAGGUCAAACAUAGCCCUGCCUAUGAAAACCAAUCCACCAGUGGGUUUCAACCUGCAAAGCACCUGGGCUAUACAUCCCAACUAGUAAAACAUUUGUCAGCUGAAGAUCUUGAAGCUUUGGCAAGCGAUGAAGACCAACAACACGAGGCCCCCAAUUACAGGAGACAGACAGGAAUGAGGCCACUGAGUGAAUAUUUUGGAUAUGGAACUGUUCUUAAUGCCCAGUUAUCCUUCGAACAGGACGACAAGUUGCCAGAAAACGAAGACUUAAUGAGGUCUGUCUCCAUUGGUGUCAGUCAAGAAGCAGCAUUUAACCCAAGCUUUGAAACACACUUGAUCAGUGAAGAGGAAGCUGUGCAACAAGUACAGAUAAGAAAAGGACAAGCACAGGUCAGUGAGGGGAGGGAGUGUCAGCAGUUUGACAUAAAGCUGAGUCUGUGCUGGGAUUUCCCAGAGGAAGCUGAACAAGGAGAAGGAACCGUUCUUGUGGACUGGGAUCCUGAGAGUCGUACGCUGCACAUGCCCAUCCUUCAUGACAGUAAAAGGGCAGACUGUGAUGUAGAGGAAAAGACUGACCUUUUGCCCACUGUGUACUUGAGGCAGUCUUCAAGAGAACCUUCUGACAUUGAAGAAGUCUAUGUGUCAAGAUUAGUGAAAAACUGGGGCCUCCAAGAAUGAGUUAUCUGCAACUUGCUUAUGUGUUCAACACAGGCCUAACAUGUGUAACUGUAAGAAAUACGGCAUUGCACUGAAGCCUUAAACAACAUAGAGUAAAACAUAUUUUUUGUACAUCGGUACCUGGUUUUACCAGGCUGUAGACCCCAGAACACAAUUUAUUUAUUCAGUGCUUGUAAUAAGAGAGGCACUUUCAAUAGGACCGGUUGAUGUAUGUUUUAAUGCGAUACAAGAAGUAAAAAAAGUGCCUUUUGUUUGUACUAUUUAAGCUAUGAAAUCUAAAUGUUGCUUCAUGAAUGUUAGAUACUGAAAAGAAAAUUACCCAGCAGUUAAUAAGCAUGCAUGUUCAAGUACUCAUUUUAUGCCUACCCUCAUUGAAAUGUAAAGUACUGUAUAUCGUCAAGUAAAAUGGUAUACAGUUUGUUUGGAACAUUGUUUAUACACUAAGAAGAACACAGAAUAGAUCAUAUCAGACUUAUUAGUAAUGGGGCAAUGUUGAGACUGGCAUUCAAUACUGUUGUAGUUGUGCAGGUCGAGUGAGCAAUAUUGUAGAAUUAGAAAAGACUGCAACAUUAAUGGUUAAUACAUUAAUGGUUAAUAGAUUUGCCAAUAUUCAGACUUUUACCGUAACAUGAGCAUUAUUUGCAUACAUUUGUAUUUAAUUUACCAUUAUGAAAAUAGGCUGAUUAGUUUAACUACAAUUAAUGCACAUAGUACUUAAGCUGUAAUUAUAUGUGGUAUAAUAAUUUAUAAGUAAUUACAUAAUAUUAAAUGUUUAUUUACAGACACUUAAAUGUCAAAAGAGCUUUGAAACAGGCUUUAAAAAGUUGUCAGGAUGCUAACAAUGAAAAGAAAAAUUACAUUAGGUAUACAGAUGUAGCAACACAUGGGGACGUAAAAGAAUAUAUUGUGUAUAUGUAGUUUAAUUUUCUUUACUGCAAUGCUUUUGUGACAUGGACUGUAAAUGGUAUUAGUAAAGGAUCGUAAGUGUAUUUCUGCAAAGGUGUUUCGGCUAUGGUUCUUGACAUUGCCUUUACCAAUAGGAUGUUUAAAAAAAUAUAUAUUUUUUUAAUUUGCUAUAGAUAACAUGACUCAAUGUAUUUUGAAUUUUGAGCUACACAUAAAUGUAUCCACCAAAGUUAAGGACACAGUUUAUUUGUCAUGUGUUUUUAUGAAAAACAUGAUUUAAAUGUAUUUAUACAAUAACCUCACACUUCCUGUUUGGAAAGUCCAUCCUGAUCAGAGCUGAUAGAUUGCUGGUUUUCAGAUGGUCACAGUGGUUCAGGACACUUAAUGCUGGUUAAGAAAAUCAAUUCACAGUCCCUUUUCUCAUGUUUUAAGGUCAAUAGGUUAUUAUCUAUCUCCUAAAUAACUCAACAGUAAUUGUGCACUUUGUUGUAAUUACCUGCUGGGUAACCAGUAGGAAACCAAUAAAUAUGUGUUCCAAUUCCCAA